CGUGAGUGUUGUUACCGCCGGUUGUGUUUCUGCUCGAGCUGCUGCUGCUGGUUGAGUUCCUGCAUUCCGGGUCAUGUGAAGGCUCCGGUUUUGACCCACAGAACCGUCCUUUGUCCCUGUAACCAUGAACCGGACCCAGCUGAAGCGGUCCAGUAUCCUGAGGAUGGCUCUGGCCGGCUCGGAGGCGACGGACCCGGACGGCGAGACGUUCGUGCUGCGGGCGGUCCGGAUAGCGGCCGUGGUGGUUCUGUACUGGUUCGUGUCCAUAACGAUGGUGUUCCUCAACAACUACCUGCUGGACAACCGGGACCUGGACGCGCCGCUCUUCGUCACCUUCUUCCAGUGCGCGGUCACCGUCGGCCUGUGCUGGCUCAUGCAGCUGCUGUCCAGGAUGUGCCCGCGGCUCGUCGACUUCCCGGCGGUCCGGUUCGACGUGAAGACGUCCCGGGAGGUGCUGCCGCUGUCGGUGGUCUUCAUCGGCAUGAUCACCUUCAACAACCUGUGUCUCAAGUACGUCGGCGUGGCCUUCUACACGGUGGGCCGGUCCCUGAGCACCGUGUUCAACGUGCUGCUGUCCUACGGGGUCCUGAAGCAGACCACGUCCCUCAGAGCGCUCAUGUGCUGCGGCGUCAUCCUGGGUGGGUUCUGGCUCGGUGUGGACCAGGAAGGAACGACGGGGUCCCUCUCCUGGUCCGGGGUGUUUUUUGGGGUUCUUGCGAGCGCCUGUGUCUCCCUCAACGCCAUCUACACUAAGAAGGUGAUGCCGGCGGUGGACGGAAACAUCUGGAAGCUGUCCUACUACAACAACAUCAACGCCUGCGUCCUCUUCCUGCCCCUCAUCCUGGUGUUCGGGGAGCUCGGCCGGCUCGCCACCUUCAGCCGCCUCGCCGAUCUCGGCUUCUGGGGCAUGAUGACGCUGGGCGGGGUGUUCGGCUUCGCCAUCGGCUACGUCACGGGCCUCCAGAUCAAGUACACCAGCCCGCUCACGCACAACGUGUCGGGGACGGCCAAGGCGUGCGCGCAGACCGUCAUCGCGGUGGUGUACAACUCGUCCAGUAAGAGCCUGCUGUGGUGGACCAGCAACAUGAUGGUGCUGGGCGGCUCGUCCGCCUACACCUGGGUCAAGUCCCGGGAGAUGCAGAGGAGCCCUCGCAAGGACCCUCAGGAUUUAGCCAAAGAGAAACUGCUGCCCGGGGAGAAAGGCAGCCUGGGAGUGUAGACGCCAUCAGAGGAACCUUCAGCUUUUAUCCACAGGAAUGUAAAUUGAAGUAGCGAUUAGAAUAUGACUGAUCUGGUCGGGCGGUUUAAAGCGAUUCUUUUCGGGGCCUUUUUUUACAAUUAUUUUUAUGACUUAUGAUUACAUUUUAUGGUCUAGUCCACAACUAAAGGAUGCAGUUUUUGCUCCCAGAGCGGGCGUUGAAGUCACUAGUGGUGUAAAAAUAAGAACUUUUCUACACUGGCUGCUUAAUCCUGAUUUUAAUAUUUUUACUAAAGAGGAUUUUAAGCAUUUAAAGUGUUGCCCUUUUAAUAAUGCAGGUCACUAUGACGGCGUCGCCUUCAGCUAGGAACUUAUCUGUUAUCCCAAAUAGGAACAAAGGCCGAGGAUGUCUGUAAUAUCCUGGGCUUUAUGGAGGACGAGAAACACAAAAGGCCUUUUGUCCUCGCAGAAAACACCGUCGCAGGUUUGAACUGUUAUUCGUGUUUUUUUGAGCUGAGCCAGAUUUUAAAUCGAAGUAAUUGUGGGUAUCGAUUCUUUCAAAACGUGUGUCAGCAUUUCAGAGCAGAACUGGGCCAGACUGAAAGAGAACCCGUCGGAAUAUUCAGGACUCGAGUUUCACGUGUUGUGUUCUUGCGGUUGAAGUAGGACCGACGGCGUCUGUCACGGCAGGUUGUGUGUGCAAGGAAAGAGUUCACCGGCCUGACAAAGGUCGAGGAGAACGACUGUUUAAGCUAGCUUGUUAAAAAAAAAGUCCUGCAGCAUUUCAAUUAUACAAAAACAGAACCUAAGGAAGGAUUUAAACUUUGUUUUUUUUUUAUUUAUAAAUGUGAUAUUUUGGCAUUCUUGUUUAAAUAAAAUGUGAUUGUUUUUA